AUGUUAGACAUCGCCAAGUCCAGGAACCUGUACCACAGGUACAUCUGUGACUUCCUGGGGCCACGUCGACUCGACAUAGAAGACGAUCACUAUGACGCCAUCGCCUGCUGUGGCGCGUUCAGUCAAGGUCACCUGAAGGACGACUGCUUCCCGGAACUCAUCCGCAUCGUUAAACCGGGCGGUUUGAUCUGCAUCGCCAUGCGGGAAGAGUUCCUGCACACUGUAGAGGCGUACAGGGGCAAACUGGAGCCCGCCAUGGUGGCCUUGGAGCGCAAGGGAUGCUGGGAAAGAAUGGCACGUAACAUCGUUCCCAAGUACUUCCGCGAAAAAGACGGCGUUGUUUUUAUGUAUAGGGUGCUUGCUCAAUAG